AUGGGCAAGAAGUUCAGAGGCAAGAAUCGACGCGGCGGCGGCGGCGGUGGCCGUGGCGGCGCUUCGCAGAAUGGCGGCUGGCGCGACUUUGGCGUCAUCGUCAAGGAGAACGCGAGGCUCCAGGAAUACUACGACACCCUGUUGCAGCUGCCAGAGGAGGAGAAGCAGCAGUAUUGGGAUGCGCUGAAGCGCGAGCUGCCUAACAGCUUCCGCUUCUGCGGUUCGAAAGGCCACGCCCUCGCUGUCAAGAGGCUCCUGCAGACGAGAUACAUUCCCGAGAUUGUCAAGAUCGAACAUCAGGACGGGCGACCCGUCGAGCCGCCCAAGCCCGUCCCGUGGUAUCCCGACGAGCUCGCUUGGUGGAUGACGACCCCCAAGAACGUCAUUCGCAAGUUCCCUCCCUUCGCCGCCUUCCAGAAGUUCCUCGUCUCCGAGACCAGCGUCGGAAACAUCAGUCGCCAGGAAGUCGUCAGCAUGAUCCCGCCCCUGCUGAUGGACCUCCAACCUGGCAUGACCGUCCUGGAUAUGUGCGCCGCACCCGGAAGCAAGUCCGCGCAGCUGCUGGAGAUGCUGCAUCGCGGCGAGGAGGCGCGCGUCAGGAAGGUGCUGCGGUCUUUUGCCAAGGAGGACGGCCUCGAGCUCGGCGAGGAGACUCAGGAGGAAAUCGAGGCCGAUCUCGACGCCGACCCGUCCGACAACGGCCGGGCGACCGGUCUCUUGAUCGCUAACGACUCAGACUACAAGCGCGGCCACAUGCUGGUCCACCAGCUUAAGCGACUGUCAUCGCCGAACCUCCUCGUGACGAACCACGAUGCUACUCAGUUCCCUUCGAUCCGACUGCCGCCCAAGGCGGACACGCCCACGAAGCCCCGCUAUCUCAAGUUCGACAGAAUCCUCGCUGAUGUUCCCUGCUCUGGAGACGGUACAAUGCGAAAGAAUGCCAAUCUGUGGAAAGACUGGAACCCCGGGAAUGCGCUCGGGCUGCACCAGACACAGAUCCGAAUCUUGGUCCGUGCCCUGCAGCUCCUGAAGGUUGGCGGACGCGUUGUCUACUCUACCUGCAGCAUGAAUCCCGUCGAGAACGAGUCCGUCGUUGCUUCCGCCAUUGAGAGGUGCGGUGGCGCAGAGAACGUCGGGAUUGUGGAUAACAGCGAUCAGCUCCAAGGCCUGAAGCGAGUACCAGGCAUGCGAAAGUGGAAGAUCAUGGACAAGUCUGGCCGCAUGUGGGAUUCUUGGGAGGAGGUUGAGAAGUUUGCAAACGAGGAGAACGAGGGUGUCAUCCCGGGACGCGUUGUGCAGACCAUGUUUCCCAAGGUGGAAGGCACCGAGUGCCACGAUCUGCCCCUGGAGCGCUGCAUGAGAGUCUACCCACACCUGCAGGACACCGGCGGCUUUUUCAUCACCGUCCUCGAGAAGAAGACCGACUUCAAGGCCAAGAACGAGAACGAGCCCAAGCAAGCGCCCACCAGCCAGCCUGCCAAGGCUAACGGUGCUGAGAAGGCUACGUACGCCGAGAAGACCACGGAUGCCGAGACGAAUACCGAUGCCGUGGAGUCCGGAGAGAAGGAGACUAAGCUAGAAGAACCUGCUGUCAAGGUAGAGAGCGCUGCUGAAGGCGAGGUGCCUGCGAAUGGCGGAAAGAGGGCGCUGGAGGAUACUGACGACGCUGAGCAGCAAGCGACCAAGAAGGUUAAGACCGAGGAGAGUUCGGCGGCUGCGACGCCUGUCGCUCAGCAGCAGUUCGAAGGUGGCAGCAAACCAAAGAAGCAAGGCCCCCCGGAAGAGCCGUUCAAGUAUCUCGACCCGUCUCAUGCUGUCAUCGAGAACAUCAAGAAGUUCUACAGCAUCUCUACCCGCUUCCCCGAUAACCGAUACAUGGUCCGGAACGAGCUGGGCGAGCCGGCCAAGGCCAUCUACUACACCACCGCCUUGACGAGGGACAUCCUGACGGAGAACGAGGGCCGUGGCGUGCGCUUUGUCCACGGUGGUGUCCGCAUGUUCAUGAAGCAGGAUGCGCCCUCUGCCGAGGUCUGCCGAUGGCGCAUCCAGGCCGAAGGCAUGCCCAUCUUGCAGGGCUACGUCGGAGAGCCGCGCGUCAUCCACCUGCACAAGAAGGAGACGCUGCGCCGGCUGCUCAUCGAGAUGUUCCCGCGCAUCUCGGGCGACGAGUGGCGCGAGUUCGACGAGAUUGGCCCGCAGGUCCGCGACGUGGGCAUGGGCUGCUGCGUCCUGCGCAUCGAGCCCGACGGCACCGACCCCGAGUUCUCGGAGCGCAUGGCCCUGCCGCUGUGGAAGAGCAUCCACUCGCUCAACCUCAUGCUGCCCAAGGAGGACCGCUCCGCCAUGCUGCUGCGCAUCUUCAACGACACGUCGCCGCUCAUCAACCCGGCGCUGCAGAAGAACAAGGGCAACGACCAGGCCAAUGGCAGUAACAAGGGUGGCGAGCCUGCACCGGCGGAGGACGCUGCCGCCGCGAGCAACGACGUGGACCUGGAGGAUCUGCCGACGCCGGAGCCCAUGAAUGAGGAUGCUCCUGCGGCGACGGAGGAGGCAGCGGCGGAGCCUGCCGAGGCAUGA